AUGGACUUUUUCAACCAGGGGGUGAACAGGAUGAAGAACAUGGCAAUGGAGUUAAAAGCCAAGAUAACCGGUGAGGAGUUCAUAUCGUUCGAGCAGGCAGUGACGAUACUGAAGAGUGAGCUGCACUACCCAGAAGACAGGGCUCUCCACUUUGUCAAAAAGUUUGAUCACAACCACGAUGGCAGGCUCUCAGCCGCGGAGUUUGUGCACUUCAAGAACAAAAUUGAAGAAACAAAGGUCAAACUGGUUCCAAAGUUUAAAGAGUAUGACCGGGACAACAACGGCUAUAUAACCCUGGAAGAGGCAUCCUACAUCCUUCAGAACCCACCUUUCAAUUUCCCAUCUGGAAAAGUUGUCAUGUUGCUGAAAAAAUUUGACAAAGAUGGUAAUGGAAAAUUGGAUAUUGAAGAAUUUUCUGAUUUUUAUGCAGAGGCCAAAGCUACAAACGAAGAGAUUACCAAUCGGUUCCUGGAACUCGACAAGGAUGGCAACGGAGUGUUGAGUCCAGAUGAGGUCAUAUCCGUCAUCAAGGAGCUGAUGGGCUACAAUGAUCAGAUGGCCGUCUCGCUAAUGCAGGUAUUCGAUAAAAAUCAAGAUGGCAGCUUGGACAAAACAGAGUUCAUGCAACUUUGGUCGAACAUGUUUGGACCUCGUUAACUGGACAAAGAAUGAAAUGCCCGUCACAUUUAUGAUGCGCUGCACUAUGAUGAUGUGGACGUAUUUUUUGGUCAUUGUUCUUAAAUUAAUUAAUUGAUUAAUUAAUUAAUAAAACUUAUUGAAAAAUUUUUAUUUAUAAUUCGAUGAUUUCCAUAUUUGAAACUGUAUUUUAUUAAUACUAACUAAGAAUAUUUUAACGUUUCGCUGCGUUUCUCAAUGUUGUUGCUCACAUGUAAAUGGGACUUUAGACAAUUUUUAAAAUAUCUCACAAGUAAAUUUUUUGUAUUUCAUAAGUAAAAAGAAACUUCUGAACCAUAUUCAACGUUUAUUUAACAACCAUUUUAAUAAUAGUUAAUUUGAGAUUGUUAUACAUUUAAAUUAUUUAUGCUCACCUUAUUAUUAUUACUAUUUUUCAAGUUUAUAACCAAUAAAUAAUUGAAUUAUGAACCCAACAAAA